UACUUUUGAAUGCUCUUGGAAGGCCCGAUUUUUGCGUUGUCGCGGAUUCUGGGCGUAAUGCCCUUAAGCCGCGGCAGGUCUGGCGCUCUGCUCAUCUCGAGAAACUCCCUCUUACACACAGCCUUUUGCGUCAUUGUGCUCUGCCUCAGCAGCCUGUUCGUCUCUUACAAAAUGUUCUCCACCUUGAUCAGGUCAGACGCCAAGUCGUUUGAAAUCGUGCGUAUCGUGUCCUACGCCGCGCAACAAGCCAACGUCGCCGCCGUCGCACUGAUGCUGCUGCAGGGCAAGUACCGCAAGUUGCUCCUGUUCUGCCAAUGGGCGCAAAGUUUGAAGAUAAAUAAUACAAAGAUUCAGCGCGGCAAACUGCUGACAACGUUUUACUUUUUCCUCCACACAACGAGCGACAUUUUCAACGUGUAUUUCUCUUUGAUAAAUGACGAAUACGAGCCAUGUGACAUGUGCUCAAACGCACUUCUAAAAGCUGCCAACGCCGCUCUAACCUUUUUAAGAUACUCAACAUUCUCUAUGAUUGCUCUUCAGUUUGUUUCUUGCUGCUGGUCGCUUGAAGUAGGAUACAACUUAGUGAUGUCCGAAUUAAAAUAUUUUAAGAUUUGUGAAUCACGGUCUUCUAAAAUAGAAAAGUUGAGGAUGCGACUGAGGGAACUGCACGAUAUGAAAAAUUUGCUAAAUCAAAUUUUCGGAUUCUACAAUUUGACUUAUUUGGUCCUUGUUCAUAUUAAUCUUCACCUGGAUUUUUUCUUUAUAAUCAGAAUCAUUCAUGGCGUGGAUAGAGCUUCAAUGGUUAGUUUUGCGAAACGGAUCACUUUUUAUUGGAUACUAGAUGAUGGUGUCCGGGCGGUUGCAAUUUUGCUGGGAAGCACACAAGUGAAGAUAAAGAUAGACCAAAUUGAACUUCGAUUAAGGAAAAUGUUCAACGAACUUGAUCCAAGCAACAGAAUAGAAAAUAAAAACAUCAUAAGUCUGUUUCACGAGACGGCCUUGAAUAAUACAAGCCUCUCAGCGUGCGGCGUUUUUCAGAUUGAUGUCAAUAUGAUCGCCAUCGCUGCGGCUUCGAUUAUAACAAAUGUUGCAAUCAUGUUUCAAUCAUUCUUGAGUGUAAAGACGUUAGGAAAUUAGUUUGACUUCUUUUGACGCGUGGUUCAAUAAUUUCACGUGUCCUACAGUUUGACUAUCAUCUGGAGUUCGUUAGUUCAUUCGUAGCCGUCUAAGUGGAAACACACUACCCAUGUAAAAUGUUCCAAUCAAUACGAGUGCUGAAUGUGUUCCUCAAAAUUGCGCCGGCUUUUGGAACGUUCCCUUUUAGUCGAGCUUCAGAUACAUUACUUUUUAGCAAAAUCCUUUACAAAGUAUCCGUUUUCAUCGUGUUCUGUGUGAAUUUAUCUCAGAUAAAGAGAUUGAGUGGGUCAACUAGCAUGGGUUUGGAAGAGUUAGGAAUGGAAUCGCUCGUGAUGCAAUUAAUAUCUGAUGUCAUUCACCAGCUUUGUUUCCUCUCACUUAUAAUUUUUGUGUGGAACAGUCAGAAUUUGGCAAAAUUAUUUAACACUCUAAUUUCAAUUUAUCUAGAUUGUGGAGCUACCAUCGUGCCCAAAGCUAAAUUUGAAAUUUCUGUGACAUGCCUCUUUGCAAUAUCAACUGUGGUCUACAUUAAUUUCUCUUCAUUGCAAACUAGUUUUACCUUUGAAAAUUUUUGCUACUAUUACGGAAAUUUCAGCAUUAGCGUCACAUCCACCUUUUUCUGCAUCAUUUGUUGGCUCACCAGACAAAUUUUUGAGUUCAUUGACGAAGCUCUCUACAGCUGUAAAAAUCAAACAACAUGUUCUAUUGAUCUGGAGAAAGCAAGAAAAGUGUACCAACUCACAGUGACUAUAGUUGCGAAAGUGAAUGAUCAUUUCGGUCUAAUUAAUUUGUUUGUAAUGGUUUCGUUGAAUGUGCUCCUACAACAGGACAUUUAUUUAAUGCUCAUCAGUGUGUAUUCAUUAUUGACUGAUGGGAAGGGUUUGGACUGCCUCUUGAUGAGUUCGUUUUGGGCAAUAUGUGAUGCAAGUAAACUUUUUCUGUACUUCUGGCACUGCUCAAAAGUCUCCUUGGCGGUAAUCAUGCAGUGAAAAUAUUUUAUGACAAUUUAAACUAAUGUGAAAUCUACACUAUAGGCAAACAAACUGAAAGAGGGGCUUUCCAGACUUUUGAGUAGCAACAACAACGAAUGUUUCCAAGAGGAGGUACGAAAUUUAUUAUUAAUCUUGAAAUCCAUUUACUUGGUCAAGGAAAACUUCUUGGCUUUGGCGACGUUUUAUUUUGCACUAUAUGCACAAGAAAAAGCGUGUUUUGCAACUUUUGACUAUCAUCAUUUGAUGUAUUGAUCUUUUAUGCACGGAAAAACCAACGAAAUGGAAAUUUUUAGUGUCAGUUUUGUCAUCACCAUGGUAUACAUCGGAGCCUUGAGCGCAGUUUGGACUCUUUCAAAAUAUUUUGGUGUUUUCCCUCUCAAAUUAAGCAAGGAUAGCGGUAAAUUUGUUGUCAGCAAGCGGGCGCAGCUUUUCAGCACAGUUUUCCUGAUUAUGUGUUACUGCAUUGAUUUACUGAAAAUGGCACAGCUAUUUAAUCUUUUCAUCAAGUCACAUUUCUAUUUAGCCACAACGCUAAAAGUGGUCGCAAACAUCAAUUGCAUGCUAAACUUCUACUUUAUAUUCAUCGUCAUUAAAACGCAUACAAUGGUUUUGAAUGAUCUGGCAGAUAUUUGUAAACAGCUAAAAUUGAAGGCAGAUUUCAUUUUGAACGCCGAGUGCAUUUUUGUUGUCAUCGUGUGCCCGAUGUUAUUCAACGUGUACAGCGCCUUAUUAUUUAUGAGUAAUGAUUUAGAUACCUUUAACAAACUAAAAUACACUCUGUUUAACAUGAAAGCGUUCACUUACGCUUGCAUCAGUAGUCAAUUCAACUGCGUCAUUUUUCUAGCCAGUGCAAUGUUCUCUAAAAUAAACCAAAAUAUAAGAAAAUCGACGCCAAUCGAAUUGGACCAGUUGCGUUUCAUGGUCAGCAAUGUGUUUGAGUGUUGCGAUAUCGCAAAUGGCUACUUUGGCGUAUUUAUUCUCAUGUACAUCAUCCACACGAGCGUCCACAUCCAGAACAAUUUGUUCGAAGCCGGUAAGAUCAUUUGCAACCUGCUUCUCGGUCAAGGCAGCCUUGAAAAUGUCACACUGAGCAUCUGGGUGCGACUCAUCACGGCCCUGGCGUGCUUAUUGAGGCUCCUUAGCUACGUGUGGUGCACCACCAGACUCACUUUGGAGAGUAAUAAAAUGGCCGCUUUAUUGGUGCGAGUGAGCAACGAGGUCGUCUGCAAUUCGCUAAAAGAACAAGUGUACUGGUUCGCGGAGGAAGUCAGGUGGAACAAAAUCGGCUUCACAGCAAAUGGUCUGUUCAACAUUGACAGAGAGCUGCUCUUUAUGGCGGCAGGAUCUUGUGCCACCAACAUGGCCAUCCUCCUUCAGGCUUACAUUAGCAAAUGAACGUCUGCAACGCUAACAAAUGAUGAUGAAUUCUUCAAACAGCAAGAAGAGGACUAAACUUUACCCUGUCAUCCAAAUGCUCUCCUGAAACAAUUAUUUGACGGAAGUCUUAGUGUGGAACUUGUACCAGUUCUUUUUUUAAAUAUAGUAUAUUAAAUCAACAAAAAUUUAACUAACCCUUUGAA